CAGUUUCGAUAGGUUUCCCUCAGAACUGCAAGACGCCGAUAUUGCAUUACAUUGUAGCAAAAUGGCGGCUGUCAUUCAGAAUCCACUAAAAGCAUUGGGUGACCAGUUCUACAAGGACGCCAUUGAGCAGUGCCGCAGCUACAAUGCCCGCCUGUGCGCCGAACGCAGCGUGCGCCUGCCAUUCCUGGACUCACAAACUGGUGUGGCCCAGAACAACUGCUACAUAUGGAUGGAACGCCAUCACCGCAGCCCAGCAGGGGUGGCGGCCGGGCAGAUGUACACGUAUCCGGCUCGUUGCUGGCGAAAGAAGCGACGGCUGCACACCGCCACCGACCCCAGCCUGGGCAUCUUUGGUCUCAAGCUUGACAACGGCCUCAUGUCCAAGGACACAUUGCCCACCCAGAGCACAACUCUCGAAGCUCUGCUAAGAGGUGAAGGUCUAGACAAGAGGAACUCCAGGAACGAUGAAGAGAGUUUGCUGGAGAUCCAGAGAGUCCUCGAGGCAGACGCGGCAGAAGAUGCUUUCAAUGAUGACGACGACUACGAGGUGGACACGCCCAAGAGGAGACACCGAGGCAAAGGAAGGGGUCGGGGUUCAGGCCGGAGGAAGGCUGAAAUGGAUGAUGACAAGCCAUAUGUCUGUGACAACAGAUACAAACAAAGGAAUAAUUCCAAAUCAUCAACCUCAGUCUAUGCGAAGCGCUAUAGGAGCCGUACAGGACUAAGCUACCACUAUAACAAUUCCCAUCUUGCCGAGGAGGACAGAGCCGAGGAGAGGAGCUCCGUCUCAUCAAGGUCUCCUUAUGUACAGCCCACUGACAGACACAAACGUCCAAAGGCACCGAGCGGGGCCAGAAUUCCCAACCGAUACUGUGAGAAAUGUCAGAAUGCCAACAAGAAGCUUAUGAAAUCUGGCUCCCCCUGCACAACCUGCCAAUGCACACCUGACGGCGGCGAGGAGAAGGAGGAUGGCGGCGGUGGCGGUGGCAAGGCGGGCGGCGCCGAGGAGCUGUUUGCCACGACAUCAGAGAGCGAUGCCUCCACCUUUCACGGCUUUGAGGAUGACGACCUGGAAGAGCCCGCCGCCAACAGCAAUGGAUUAUCCAGCCGACACAGAUAGACACUCUCAUUUUCCAUCUACAAAAAAAAAAAAAGAAAAAAAACAUCUGGAUUCAUCUCUGGCAAAAAUCUGCUGCUGCUUUUUUUUUUCCCCCUCCUCCAACUUUUUGUUUGCAGAAAGCACAACGUGAUCACUUCGGGACAAAAAAAAAAAAGAAUAUAUAAGUUGUAUUUUAUCUACUGGAUUUUAAUUUAUGAAAAUUUUAUUUAUAAACAUCUAUAAAUUAAGUCAACUAAUGACUUUCAACCCCCUCCCCCUCCCCUCUUUGGAGCAGAAGGAGCAUACUAUUGUGUGAAAAAAAAAAAAAAAAACACUGGAACAAUCAAAAAUUUGAACAAAAGUAACUUUUUAACAUUUGGAGGCUGUUUUGAAUGUCAUUGAAGAGCCUUGACUGGAUCUUUCUGAAGGAUCUCGCUAUGACUUUGUUGUGCUCCGUGACACUGGAUCAUAUUUUUUAUUCAAACGUGAAGGAACCAGUGAACGGGCUGCCGCGAGCCAAUGGCGAUGUUUGGACAUGAAGGAGUCUAUUUAUUUUCUUGAUAGACACAAGCCGCGUAGUGAAUGAAAGGUAAGCAGAUGUGAUGAAAAUCAUCAGCCCGUGAACACUGUUGCUCAUACUGCAGAUGUUUUUGUUCCCCCCGCCCCCUCCCAUUUCUUUUCCCACUUAACGUUUUCACCAAGGGAUACAGACAAUUCAGUUUAGCUUGUCACAAAACACAUGACAUUGAUUUCUGUGUGUGGGUCAAUUCAAAAUAGAAUUUCAGAAUGAAGUUGUAAUUUCACGACACAAAAGUAGUGGCGGUGCCAAACAAGAAAACAAGUCCGAGAAAUUCUUUUCCAGAAUAAAGUUCUCGUUUCAGAAAAACACGUACAUGAGCAAGAAUUCACUCACAGGAUAGACUUAGUAAUUAAAAAAAAAAAAAAAAAAACCAAUUCUUGUAACACUGACUAUUUUCCUUCCAAUAUUACAACUUUAUUCUUGGAAUGCUGACUUUUUUCUUCAUAAAGAUACAGCUAUUCUCGUAAUACUGUGAAUUGUUUGUCCUAACAUUCUUUACUUAUACAGUAAUCGCUGGACUUGUGUAAGUCCUUAAAUCCGAACCUUAAUUUUCAUACAUUAUUAUUCUUUUUUUUUUUUUUUUUUUUUUAAUAAAACACCAUUUUGUCUUCUUAUCA